GGUUGCUGAUGCAACUGUUCCGCCACCAGAAACCGACGUCGACGCAUCAGAUCAAAAUUCUGUGGGAUCGGGCGAGAAUAUGUUGUUAAAUACCGAGGAUGAUACGUCACAUUGUGUUUCCGAUUCUAAUCAAUCAUCUGCUGCAUCUUCGAUGGAGCCUGAUCUAAGCAAUGACUGCUGUGGAAAUAUGUCACAUGAGGAGAAUGAUGAUGUCUGUGUGUCGGAUGAAGAGCACUUGACAGAUCCCGAUGUAGAAAAUUCUGAUGACUCACAAUCAGACGAUUCCCACGAUUCGCACGACAAUUUACAAAAUUUUGACGAUUCUGAAACUUCGGAAGAAGAUGAACCUCACGAACGAGUCGGGCGAGAAGACGGUGUGAAUGACGACGAUAUUAUGUUUGAUCAAUCUGUUCUGUCCGUGUCGGAUGUUAUGGAAAUGGUCAUGGCAUAUUGUAUGCGUUUUUCUGUAUCCCAUGAGGCCCGAAAAGCACUGGUGGAUAUGAUACAAUGUUUGGCCGGACCAAGGUAUGAGAAUUGGUCAAUUAGCAAAUUCCAAAUCAAAAAGAAGUACGAGCCGCCUGAAGAUGUUAUGACUUACACUUUUUUUUGCUCUUCAUGCAAAAUACCUAUUUUGGGACCAAUCACAAAAAGGGAAUUUGAAAAUAAUUCAGUUACUUGCGAAGAGUGCCUUCAGCUACAAAAUCUGACGAUGCAAUCGCCGAAUAGGUUCAUUUACAUUGAUUUGAAGUACCAAUUUAAGCAACUCUUGAGUAGUCGAAAGAUCCGUGAGAGCCUAAUGGAAAACUUAAUAACACGAGACGCUGCGCUCGCUCGUGCACCACCGACCGUAAUGACAGACAUUUAUGACAGCGAGCUGUAUAGAGCGGCAAUUGGGGAAUAUUUUCAGAAUGCUGAUCAUGUCCUCACGUACAACUUCAAUACAGAUGGAAUGCCGAUUUUUAAUAGCUCCAAUAGAAGCAGUUGGCCAUUGCUAUUAAUUGUGAAUGAAUUACCUCCCCAUCUGCGAUUUAAGCACGUCCUUCUAGCUGGAUUAUGGGUUGGAAAUAAGGAACCCAGUCCUACCAUGAUGAACACUUUUCUCCAACAGUUCGUUUCACAGGCAAAUCACCUAACCGAACGAGGCCUCAAAUUGAAAAAUGACAUGGGCCGAAAGACAACUUUCAAAAUAAUACCACUGUGUUGCGUUUGUGACUCCGUGGCAAGACCUAUUGUCCAGUGCAGGUUACAAUAUAACGGAUAUCGCAGCUGUAGUUGGUGCUAUGCUCAUGGGAAUUAUGUACGUGGAGCUGUGCGCUAUUUAUUCGGCGAAGUAGACGCAGACGGGAGAACACACGAGUCUCAUAAAGAGGAUGUAGAAAAUGCCACACGACUUCGGAAACCUGUGAAUGGCGUCAAAGGAGCUAGCAUUUUGUUACAGUUGCUCCUAUUUAAUAUGGUGUGGGGAUUUCCCUUUGAAUACAUGCACGCCAUAUUACUCGGUGUAAUAAAACUUCUGUGGGAUAUUUGGACAACUCCCGGGAGUCCAAUUUAUCUGGCCCCAGCCAUUCAAAAUCAAAUCAACGAUAGAUUGAUGCGAAUGACUCCUACACACGAAAUUCAUCGAUUGCCGAGAAAAUUAUCGAAAAGAGGCAAGUGGAAAGCUUCUGAAUGGCAGUCAUGGUUAUUAUUCUACAGCCUCCCUUGUUUAGACGGUCUCAUACCAGACGCUGCUUUGGAACACCUAUCACUUUUAGUAGACAGUUCGUUCAUACUUCUGCAAAACAAAAUUUCCGAAGCAGAUUUAAAUAAGUGCGAACUGAAUCUCACGAAAUUCGUAGCUGAAUUUGAAAUUUUAUACGGAAAAGAAUAUGUGACAUUCAAUGUACAUAGCUUACUGCAUGUGGUGAAAUCCGUGAAAUCGUCAGGACCGUUGUGGACGACUUCUGCUUUCAGUUUUGAGAGUACCAAUUACAGACUAAAACAACAAGUCAAUGGACCGAAAGGGGUUGACGAUCAAAUCGCAAUGGGAUACCUCAAUAAAAAUAUGUUCCAAUGGAAAUUGGGGGAAAACAUGGAACUCUCGGAAGAAAGCCAGAAUUACUGCAAGCGUCUCUUUGCCGGCCGUCCUCACACUUCGAAUUGCACAAUAACACCUGACAAUGUAGUUUUGCUUGGCAAACCUGUCGUACAUGAUAACGGGGAAGUCAUAUACGCUCGGUGUAUAUUCAAAAAUACCCCUUUUCACAGCGCACGAUAUCGGCCGAACAAAAAAACUAACGAUUCCGUAGUGCAAUUGGUCACAACGGAUAUAGUUCAAAUAACUGGAUUUGUACUCGUUGAUGGUCGGACCUAUAUCGAUGCACAGAAUAUUGAUGUGGUUGUAGAAUUGCACGUACCGCACAUUGUGAGAGUAAGGCGAAGCGAUGAAUAUCGAAGAAUCCCCAUGGACGAUAUCCAAGAGAAACUGCUAUUUCUGAGCGUCAACAAUUUGACAUAUAUUUGCAAAUCUCCUUGCAUCAUAGAUUAAGAUAAACUAUGUACAAAAAAAAUUUACAGCUAUAUAGCAUAGACAGGGUUUAUAAACUUGUCAGACAAUAUUUACUCUUUGCAGGGCUGAUGUUAAAAUUUGUUCAAGAUGUUUAAAAUCCUACCA